GAACUGCUACCCAGCACAUCAGCAUCACCAGGACAAAGACAAGCUUCUGCUAUGUCACUUUCAAACAAUAACCUACAGGAGUCAGACGACGAAGACGAAGAGGAGGUCUUUUCUACCAAACAACUGUUUUCAUUUGCUUGGCAAAUAGCUAAAGGAAUGGUAUUGAAUCGUAUUUUCCUGAUAAUGUUGCUUUGAUUUUGAUUCUGAGCAUAACAAGGCACAAGAGGAGAAAAAUUCAAAAGUCAAUAUUGUAUAAGCACCAAGUAGAUGGGAUAAUUAAAUUGAUUGUUUUUCUAGAUAUGAGUACAGUUUUUUUUUUCAUUUAAAUGGGUUGGAUGAAUAUAUUUUCUAAGUCGAUCGGUCAACCCAGUUUCGUUACGCAUCUGGACGUAAAUAUCUGGAUCAGAUUAGUGCUGGUAUUUUACUUUUCAUUUGUCUCGUAUUUUUUUAACGUCAACUAACUGCUUAGUGUUCGGGGUACUCCCGUUAACUGAUUAUGGUUUGAGAUAAUUUUAAUUGUGUUUUUCGUUUCCUAAUUGUUAUUAGAAUCAUCUCGCAGAAAACAACUUUGUUCACAGAGACCUUGCUGCCCGUAAUGUUCUUGUUGGCCAUGACAACCAGAUUAAAGUGUCAGACUUUGGGUUGAUGAAACAAAUUUAUGAAGAUGUGUGCCACUCAGAGAAGUCUAAAAGGCCUCCUGCGAAAUGGAUGGCCCCAGAAUCACUUUACCAAGGCGUUUACACGACCAAAAGUGACGUGUGAGUUAGCGAUUCCCUCUCCUUGACAAGGAAAUCACGCCUGAUUAAAACGUUUCUACUACUGUAAUCACUUCUGUAGCCUGCGAAAACAUCCGUUUCUCCUCGCUCUUCGCCACUGAGGACGUUUCGCGCGGAGGAACGUCUGCGUUUCAGCGACAGAAAUUCCAUACUGAUGACGUAAACGGAGUAGUUACAUUGUUUUAGCUAUUGUCUACGAAUGACAGACAAAAGACAAAAGGCCACAAAGGUCAAAUGUAAAAGCGUAGAAUCUCUGACAAAACAGUCAAAAUUUGUGGAAUAUAGUGUUCUCUAGAAGAAGCAUUUGAGUUUUGCUUCAGCUCGUUGGCAGAUGAACACAACACUUUACCAGAAUUGACCAGAAUGCACGUAAAAUUGUACAAAUUCACAUUUGGAACCCCAUGACUACCGGAUUUAUUAAGUGAACAUUGAUUUACGUCAUCAGUAUGGAAUUUCUGCCCCUGAGUCGCAGAAGUUCCUCCGCGCGAAACGAGAUUUUCUCAAUACUAAGUAGUGCGCGCGCGUGAACCAGAGUCACUUUGGCGGGAAAACGUGAUAGUCGUCCUCAUUCUACUACGAGUUUUAGAGAGAAUGUCGUCUUAGCGGACACAGGUGCAACGCGGAGAUAAUUCAGUUAAUUCAUUCUUAGCCUAUACUCCCCUUUUUUGUUUAUGACAAUGCUAGGGUUAAAAGCCGUCCAAUCAAAAGCACAAUUUUUUUGCCCAAAUAUGGAAUCAGAGAAUUGAAAGAAUCCCUGUCUAAAAAUAGCCAAAAAGAGGAUUCUUCCAGUCCUUAACAAUUUUCCAAUUACAUGCAAAACUCAAAAUUACACGCUGAACCUUUCAGAUUUGUUAUAUGAUAAUCACCAGACAAAAACAUUUACAUCUACAUGCAGUGGAGCCGACAAGUAAUAAUUUUCUCUGCGAAGACUUCCCGUAAAAAAUCUUCUUGCUCGAUAAGUAGUUUUCCGUGCAUUGUAAAACAUUUUAUAUGUUAUUGUGAACGGCUUUUGUACAUUUCUUUUAAUAUUAAGGUCGCAACUCUACAAAACUAUAACGCAUACUCUUAUGAGCGCUCGCUAGCUUUCGUGAAAACUAUGACGCAUACUCUUAUGAGCGCUCGCUAGCUUUCAUGAAAAGUACGUUAAGCGGGGUCCGUACUAAUAUGGAAUUACUGAUAGCCGAGACUGUCGCGCGAAUGCUUAGGAAAAAUUUGUAUUGCGAUGUAAACGGUGCGCUACAAAGACCAAUUACAGUUUCACUAGUUUUACGACCAAAAUCGGAAUAUUAUUCCCAAAAUGGCCAGGAUUGACUUCCCUCGGACAAGACAACGUCGGCUACACAUAAGAAGCAUCUUAGGUAAAUUUUGUUUGGUUCACCAAAAAAAAGAGGAAACCUUAAAUCCUCAUCAGUAACUUUAACGCCUGGGCCAUUACAGAUUUGACUUUGGUAUAGAUAGGCGACUUUCUGUUAGUAGGUUAAAACCAAACCUGUAAAACUGAUUGUUGUGGUUUCUUCGUACUCAGCCCAAAAGUGUCUGUCAGUGAUGGAAUUUCAGCCCAUUAUCCGAAACGUAGUUCGCAUGGUCCUGAGCAAGAGCGGCGCCGUGUUUUGCGCCGUUUGAAUUUAAUUCAAAGCUUAUUAAAUCAUCACUUAGAAGCUAUUCUCUUUUCUGGGCAAUUAGUUGCUGGUAGAUGUUAACGAUCUACUUGGGAUUGUGGGUCUAUCAAUUCUAGCGCUCCCUUUUCCCUUCUGUUCCCGUUGCUUUGACAGAGGAGUGUAGUUGGGUUACCUGAGUUUGCUCCCCUUGUUUGUCUAAGACUUGAGGGAAAACCUUUUUCGAGGCGAAAGUCGGUAGAUUAUUCAUUGUCUUUCCGUUUUCUCGACACAAAAUUCUAAGAACACGACAAUGGAGGUUGUACCUGGUAUUAUUUAAUUCAAUGAAACACGAUGCACGAAAGGUUUGGCACUCGCAUUUUUUCGUUCGCCCAUCAAUUAAAAGAAAAAAAGAUAAAGACGGCAAUAAACAAUUUAAAUGCGGUGAAUCUGUACAUUGUUGUAACCCCUUUGUGCUUUUUUUGAUAGUUGGUCUUUUGGCGUUGUUCUUUGGGAGAUGGCUACAUUGGGUAAGCGGAUCAAUUUACGGUUCAUACUUAUCAUGUUAAGUAAUGAUCCGGGUAAGGUGGAUAGCAAUUUCUUUUGUUAUGCGGCAACGGUGCUUUCCCCACAUAGGAAUGUUCUUAUUUUUACACAGAGAAUGCAUAAACCUACAUGAAGGCCGUUUAGGCAAUAAAAUGCAUUUACACUCCACUUUGAAAGGGUGUUUUUUUGUGUUAAAAGAUUUUGACCAAUCACAAGAGUUGAAAAGAAUAGCCAAGAAGUUUACAAUUUUACAUGUUCCACACAUAGGAUUUCUUGGUUAUUCAAACUGAGACCAGUUUUUGUUAUAUGGAAGAUGGUUGGAAAGUAAAGAUGAAUAUAUGUACUGCUUUAUGAAGUUUUGUUAGCUUUUACUGUUUAAGCCAAUCAGAAGUAAGUACAGACAAUUGAAAAGUUAGCACCUUUUUUGCAUUCCAACAUGUUCGUUGCCGUUGUAGCUAUCGUUCUUAUCUGGACCGUUUCUUAAACUUAAAGUUAAUUGACAAAUGGACAAAAAUUUACCAUAGUCUGUGACUCUUAUCUACCAUAAAAAUGAUGUUAAAAUGUUAGAAACUCAGGUGGAGCCACGCACGACCUGCUGGCGAAAGAUUUCAUUGCAAAGUUUGACUAUUACAUAUUUUGACGUCAUCUCUACGGUCGAUAAGAGAAUAUUAUCACAGACCAUAAAUAUAGAGUGUUUUCACUCACGUGGCCAGCACUUUUGCAAAUUUAUUGGAACAAAAGAAAGCGUUUGCAUAAGAAAAGAGUUCAACUCCCACAGGACUGGUUUGGGACACCAACAUGGCGGCCGUUUUAUUGUUUUGGGACACCAAUAUGGCCGCCGUGACGUCAUGUGAAAACACUGUAUUGUCGAUUUGUUUGUUUGUCUUUUCUUUCAAUAAAAUUGACAGGUUUUUUUUUGAGGUUCGUUUCCAGUAAUUUUUUUCGGAAAAUCUGGCACGAAAGAAAGAGCUUAAAAUAAAUUGCGCCAUCCGUCACGUCAUUUUUCAUUGUCGAUCAGGCAGCGCCGUUCGAAAAAUUGUUCUGAUUAUUAUCGUAAAAUAUUGUACACAAACACAUCCAAGGAACCCUCCUCCCCCCUUUUGCCAUGGUUGGAUGUGACUUGAACGAUUGUUAUCAAGGUUACUGCUACCGGGAAACAAUUCAAGCUGGUUUCCUUUAGGCUAAUUUCAGUGCUGUAAGGCCUCUCCUGGAUGAUAGCUACAUGUGACAAUGCAUUGUAUUUGGGAACAUUGAAAGUUACGUGAAUAAAGGAAGCCUUUCUUUUCUGACACAUUUAAGUGCAUUGGCCAUCAGACCACCAUUCAAAUAACCAUUUUUGCAAAAUGACAUUAUUGAGUAUGGAGAGUAACUAUAGCAUCUUAAAUAGAGAGCUGUCUAAUUAUAUCUACCGAUAUGUAAUUAUUGUAAUUAUUAUAUUUUUCUUUCUCUCAAUCGCCAGGAGGAGUACCAUACCCCACGCUGACCAACUCAGAGCUGUAUCGACUGCUCGGUACAGGUUAUCGCAUGGAAAGGCCUGACAUGUGCUCCGAUGAUGUGUACGUUUCUUGAUCAGGGUCGUCUCGAUCUUAGAAUUGACGAUUAGAUUCAACUUAAGUUUUCCGUGCUUCUGUUCAGUUACAAUUCACAGCGAACGUUGCAACAUACGAAAUUCGUCAAAUAUGUUAACGCCUUCUAUGAUCAUAUCAAAUACUGACCAGAAGGACGGCAAGGGACAGGGGGGGGGGGGGACUCCCAUAUGAAAGGGGCGGGGAUGCUUGUCGUCUCGCUUAGGGGUGUAAAUUUCAGUAUGUGGUCUCGCUUAGGGUGUUCUGUGCAAAACACUAUUAUAUUUAGCCGUAAAGGUCUCUUUUAGGGAUGCACUCGAAAAAAUAUUAAAAAAUUAUAUAUUUUCAAUUCGUUUUAUUUACUCGAUUCAUGUAACCAAAGUUUAAACUGAUCGCUUUUAGGGGUCAAAAAAGGUUGGGCCACGCCCAGAUUGGUCUCUAUUAAGGGUUUAAUUCAAAAUUUCCGACGAGCAUCCCCGCCCCUUUCAUAUGGCAAGGGUAAACUUUUAUUGGAAUUCUUACUCUUUUAACAAGGAAACAACUAGUAUAGACCACAUUUUCAAAACCAUUUGCCAUUUCAGAUAAAACAGAUAACACAUUGUAAGUUUAACCUUUUGUUCGCUUACUCUAAACCCUCUUAGCUUUAUGGUCCAUUAAGGCAUCGAUAGCAGUGAUUAGGUUAAUCUCUUUCCCGAGAGGGCUACCUUUUUCAGUCUUCUGGUAUAGGAAUUUCGCUAGUCGAAGUACAUGAAAGGGUAUUAGGGAAUGCUGUCGUUUCGGUUAAAUUAACUGCAAAAACCGUGGACGAAAAUCCUGCUAGGUGUAAACGUUGGAUCUCUAGAAAAGAGAUCAAAUCAACCAAAAUAUAAAGAAACAAGAACGAGAAGCUGUAGUCUUCGGACUUCUCGUUCUUGUCGUUUCGGUCUAUAAAAUGCCUUAAAAGAGGGCUAGAGAAGGAUUUUUUGGCAGUGAAGAAAUCACGAAAAAUUUCUAGUUUUGUUUUUUGUUUAUUCAAAAGGAAGUGCAUUAAAAGGGAUAAAAAGUCCUUUGAACUAGGUAUUUGAAAGAGGUACUAUUUACCAGUAGAAGGCAUAGGAAAGGGGUGUCAAAAAUGAUAUACAAAAGGGUACGGUGCCUCGCGGGAUAAACCUUUUUUGAGAACACCCCCCGAUCUCUUUACAUAAUAAUGGCUGGAUGAAGGAGUAGGGAAUCACGUGAUAACCCAAAAGUUCCAGGAGCCGAUUUUAAUGGGCUUUACGUUGAAGCUUCACCCAAAAGGAUUACCUUUUUAGGCCACAUGUAUAUGGAAAGGUAGGAAUUUUACAGCUGAAAUGAGUGAAAGGGUAGGAAAUUUUGUACCUUCGGUAAUUUACAUUAAAGAUAUUUUAAACAGAUGUACCUUUAUUGUAUGCUUGAUGUUAAGGGCUUAAUGGCUUAAAAGUAGUCGUACCAUUUUCCAGGGUAGGCGGAAAGGAAUAUAUACGAAAGGGGUACCUUUUCGAAAAAAGGGAUUGGACCUCAGGGUGGAGCCUCCCUGUAAACUCAUGAAGCUAAGAAGCCUAUAUAUUCUACUACAAAAUUUUCUUUUAUUCCAAUAGACCUCUUUCGCUUGUAUGUUUUGUUUUCUCCCAAUACAGGUCAUGUGAUAAUACUCCAAGGGACUGUUUCUUUCAAAUUUCGUGUCAUUCAAGUGCAUAUGUAUACAUAGUAGACAAAGGGUAAAAUUCCCCUGGGACCUCCAUUGUGAAAACAAAACAUACAAGCUAUAAAGUGCCUUAUAUAAUAUAUUGACACGGUCUAAUAAUUGACUGGAGCUCUAGUUAAUUAGCAUUGAAUGGUUCUAUUUUUUUUCCUAUUCAUGACAGAUAUGAGCUGAUUUCUGACUGCUGGAACGAAGACCCUUACAUUCGUCCCACUUUCUUCCGGUUGAUCGAAAUACUGGAGGAGAUAAUGGAAAGGGAUGCACCAUACUUGGAUGUA